UGCGCGGCGCCUCCGGCCGGGAAGGAGGCGGAGGAGGAGCAGCCCGAGCGCGGCGGAGGCGCCGCCUUCCCGUCCCCGGCCGCGCGCCCGCGCCCUCCUCCGCGCUCCGCUCUGGACCAGUUUGGGGAAGUUGCCGGGGCCCCGCGUCGCCCAGAUGUGCGACCUCAUUGAGCCGCAGCCGGCCGAGAAGAUCGGCAAGAUGAAGAAGUUGCGGAGAACUCUGUCGGAGAGUUUCAGCCGCAUCGCUUUGAAGAAAGAUGACACCACCUUUGAUGAGAUAUGUGUCACAAAGAUGUCUACACGGAACUGCCAGGGAAUGGACUCAGUGAUCAAGCACCUGGACACAAUUCCUGAGGAUAAAAAAGUCCGGGUCCAGAGGACACAGAGCACUUUUGACCCGUUUGAGAAACCAACUAAUCAAGUGAAGAGGGUACAUUCUGAGAACAAUGCUUGCAUUAACUUUAAGACCUCCUCUGCUGGCAAAGAGUCGCCUAAAGUUAGGCGACACUCUAGCCCUAGCUCGCCAACAAGUCCCAAAUUUGGAAAAGCUGACUCCUAUGAAAAGCUGGAGAAAUUAGGGGAAGGAUCUUAUGCUACAGUUUACAAAGGGAAAAGCAAGGUGAACGGGAAGUUGGUGGCCUUGAAAGUAAUCAGGCUGCAGGAAGAAGAGGGGACACCUUUCACAGCCAUCAGGGAAGCUUCUCUGUUAAAAGGACUAAAACAUGCUAACAUAGUGCUGCUUCAUGACAUCAUCCACACAAAGGAAACGCUGACACUUGUCUUUGAAUAUGUGCACACUGAUUUAUGUCAGUACAUGGACAAGCACCCUGGGGGGCUCCAUCCAGAUAAUGUGAAGUUGUUUUUAUUUCAGUUGCUGCGAGGGCUGUCUUACAUCCACCAGCGUUAUAUUUUGCACAGAGACCUGAAACCCCAGAAUCUUCUGAUCAGUGACACGGGGGAGUUAAAGCUGGCAGAUUUCGGUCUCGCAAGAGCAAAAUCCGUCCCCAGUCACACGUAUUCCAAUGAAGUGGUUACCUUGUGGUAUAGACCGCCUGAUGUUCUCCUGGGCUCUACAGAAUACUCCACCUGCCUUGACAUGUGGGGAGUUGGCUGCAUCUUUGUCGAGAUGAUACAAGGUGUUGCUGCUUUUCCAGGAAUGAAAGAUAUUCAGGAUCAACUUGAACGAAUAUUUCUGGUUCUCGGAACACCAAAUGAGGACACGUGGCCCGGGGUACAUUCUUUACCACAUUUUAAGCCAGAACGCUUUACCCUGUACAGCUCUAAAAACCUUAGACAAGCAUGGAAUAAGCUCAGCUAUGUGAAUCAUGCAGAGGACCUGGCCUCCAAGCUCCUACAGUGUUCCCCAAAGAACAGACUGUCUGCACAGGCUGCCUUGAGCCACGAGUACUUCAGUGACCUGCCCCCGCGGCUAUGGGAGCUGACUGAUAUGUCUUCUAUUUUUACCGUCCCAAAUGUGAGAUUGCAACCGGAAGCUGGAGAGAGCAUGCGGGCCUUUGGGAAAAACAAUAGUUAUGGCAAAAGUCUAUCAAACAGCAAGCACUGACAAGCACAGUAUUCUCAAGAGAGAACAGGUAAGGUGACAUCCUUUAUCUGGAAAG